AUGGCGCACAGGACCGACCGGGGCUGCGAGCUUGUGCCCAUCGCGUUGAGCCUCGCACACCUCCCGGAGGGCCUCAAGCUCGAGGUGUUCGAGCAGAUCACCCCGGAGGAAGUCCGCCGCUUCAGCGGAGACAAGACCGUCGCAGAGGCCGGCCUGUCCCACGGGUCCGUCCUCCUCUUCCGCAGCGCCCAGCAAGAGACGACUCCAUCACCCUGCCCCCCCCAGCAGGCGGCGGCGACGGCGCCCCCCCCCCAGGUGCAGCAGGCUACGCCGCCGCUGCUGCAGCCGCAGCCGCAGCAGCAGCAGCAGCAGCAGCAGCAGCAGCCGAAGCAGGAGGAGCAGAAGCCCGCGGUAACCGUGCCCCCGGCCUCCACAGUGUCCUCCGUGGUCCCGCUCAACACGGCUGCGGCUGCGGCCGCGGCGGUGGCGAUGGCGGCUCACGCCACCGUAACCCACGCCCCCAAGCCAGCCUUUCCCCCGGCGAGCAGCGGCGGGAUGGACGCCGCCGCCGCCUCCGCCGCCUCCGCCGCCACUAGCAGCGGGCCUACCACUACCGGCGGCGGCGGCGGCGGCGGUGGAAAAGGCGAGAAGAGCGCCCCGGGGUGGGAUGGGGGCCCCGCAGCGGUGGUAGGGCGGGCGGCGUCCCCCUCCGGAGAGAUCCCAGUCGUGAUGGACCCCGCGGCCCAGAGGCGGGCGACGUGCCUUGCGCUGUUCCAGGUCCAGGAGAACCAGCGGCAGCAACGGGCGAAAGAAGCAGCGAGGGCGGUCGCCAAGAAGCUAGCGGCAGAGGCGGCGCUCACGGCAGCCAAAGAAAAGCUCACGAAGAACGCCACUUCCUCAUCAUCAUCAUCAGCGGCGGCGGCGGCGACGGCGGCGGCGUCGUCAGCCAUGAUCGCCGAGGGGGAGAGCACGGCGGCAGCGGCGGCCGCGGCGGCCGCGGCGGCGGCGGCGGCGGCGGCGGCCGAGGCUCCCCCGCCGCACGUCCUGACCCCCGCGCAGCAGGCGGAAGUGGCGGCGGCGGCGAGGAUGGCUGCGCACGCCGCCGCGGUGGAACACGCCCAGUCGAAGGCCCAGGCCUACCGAACCGUGUCGAUUAUGGAAGCCCUCCGAGAAGGAGCCCCGCCGACUUCGACGCCGCCGCAGCCACAGCCGCAGCCGCAGUUGCCGGCACCAGUGAUGGGAAGCGUUGCAGCGCGACAGGCGGCGGUGGCAGCAACGGCGUCGGCGGCGUCGGCGGCGUCGGCUCGGGUUUCAGCACCACCGCCGGCCGCCGUCCCCGCCCGCGUUCCGGCUGCGUCCGGCGAGGGUACUGAUGGGAAAGCAGUCGGCGUUGCUUCGGGAAGCGACGGCAAGCAAGCAGGCAAGGGGCCGGGGGUAGGUGGGGGCUCCACGGGAAGCGCCACCACUACGGCCGCCUCCGCUCCCGCCGACGCAAACGGCGGUGCCGCCGUCGUCGCCGGCAAGACCAAGAACGAGGGCACAGCCAAACCCAGCACCGCGACCUCGCAGCCCGUGGUUCGGCAGGUAUCAUCAGAGAACGGAGGAAAGAAGGAGGUGGACCCCAGCAGUGGCGCCGCUCCGGGCACGGCAAGGGCGACUCGGACUUCGAGAAGCACGGCGCCAGCCGGGGACGAGGGCGCACCGGAAUCGGUGGCGACGAUACCGGCCGAGAUGCAGCGGCGGUCGUCGAGAAAGGCGGCCGCCGUUGCUGCGCAGCAGAUCCAGAGCUCGGCGCGCGCGGGGACUAGGGGCGGUAACAGCGGCAGCGGCAGCGAUGGUAGCUCGAAGAGCCCUCGUGGCGGUGACGGUGAUGACGGUGGUAGCGUCCAGAAACGCCAGGCGGAAGCGGGGGAGGGAGGAGGAGGGUCGAGGAAGAGCGCAAAGACGACGGACGCGCGUGGAGGCGGGGGCGGGGAGGAGGCCGCCCCGGCGGCGAGCCCCGCGCCUUCGGCGGACCUUGCGUCGUUCAUUGCCCAACUGAUGCACGUGCCGGGGUUCACGAUGGAGAAGUGCAUGGAGCUCACCAGGUCCAAAGAGAGGGCAGAGAUCGCAAGCGCCAUCAGGACCAUCUCCCACGACGAGAAGGACUCUUUCAGGUCCCGCCAGCUUGAGAGGCUCCUCGCCAUAAAGGAGAAGGAGACCAGCACCGACGGUGACAGAGACGACGGCGGAGAUUGAAUGCAACAAAAUUGUUGGUUGUUGUAUGUGGUGUUUGUUAGAGCCACGCGGCGGGCGGGUGGGCAGCUUGCGCUGGCGGCAGAUCAUUGUUGUACAGCUUUCCGCCGAGUGGGUUUCGUAGGCGUUGGUUGUUGUUUUUGUUUGCUAUUGGUGUUGCUGUUGAUGUUGCCGUCUUUUUCACAUUAUAACUGCCCACGAUCACUGUCUGCCUUCUUUUAAUAUAGUAAAGCGAUCUCAGUAAAGCAGUCGCCUGUUCUCAUUAGACUUGGCGUGGACAAGGGGACCUGCCCAUUCCGUUGACCACAAAGGCGUGGGCAGGAACCCGGCACACAUGCCGGCGCCACAUUAGACAUUUCAGACAACCGGCAAUGUUGAUGGCGGGGCUGGGGGAGUGGAUUGUUGGUAGAUUCAAUCGAACAAGCCCAAAGGCGCCACAUCAUUAAAUAUUUCAAAAACAAACGUGGUCUCUUUCGCCAUUCGCCCCCUUUUUUUUCAAUCGUGCUCUUGAAAGAGGAGGUACAUUUUGGUGUUGGUGUGGAACGGACCUAUCGGCGGUGUUUACUUGUGUAAUCGAAGCUUUUUCCUAUUGCCUUGGAAAGCAAGUACGUGUAGCAGUCCAAUGCAUGGUGUAUUUUCACGGCGUCGUGCUACCCUCGAUGGUUUCGCGAACACCGCUGCCGUAUUGGCUCCUUACGCUGUUCUAAACUUCGUGCCUGGUAGAUUUUUCAACAACGAUUGGGGUUGGAGGGUCUGAACGCUUGGAAAUGCUGCCAGACCUCGCCGUACGUACUUAAGCUAGGGCUGAGGGUGGAAACCAGGGUUCCGUGUCCAUCUUGCCUUCUUUGCCGUGCGUUCGAUUGGGUAAGGACAACAUUGACCGUUGGUGUAACGUUGGCACGAUGUUGAGGCCUGACUUUUGUGGAGCUUGGUAAUGAUGAUGGAUUGAUGCGUGUGUUCUACCCUUUGUUCCGCUGCUCACAACAGUUGUUGCUACGAACUAGUCCAGGCGUCACCUACCGCAUUAUCUACAUCUAGAGGUUGGUGUGCUGCUUCAGAUAGACAGAGAUGGUGACAUUCCGCGAAGUGCUAUCAGGAUCUGCGGAAGUGCACAACCAGGGUUGGUUUCGUCUUGACUGAGUUACACUUGGGUGCGAUUGGUUUCGGUUAUUGUUGUACCAGAUAGUGGCUCGGAGGUGGUUGGUCUCUGGAGGUGCUGGGAAGAGGAAACGGUGAUGGGCGGAUACCAACGCAAUGCAAGCAGGCGUGUUUUUCUUCGUUUAGACUAGUGUGCAAGUUGUGCUGUGCCGGUGCAAAAAAGGAU